GCGCCUCCCCCGUGAGGGAGGCGAGAAAAUGGCGGCGGCGGCGGCGCCUUGAGCGGCGCGUCCCAGGCUGGACGGGCGCUGCACAGCGAUGGAGAAUGAACCAAACACAACAACAUGUUCUGCACCUACAACGAGUGUCGCCACCACCUCCACCUCCCGCACUGCGCUCCCACAGAUCUCCGUCUACAGCGGCUCCGACAGACAUGCUGUCCAGGUUAUUCAGCAGGCCUUGCAUCGUCCUCCUAGCUCAGCUGCUCAGUACCUCCAGCAGAUGUAUGCAGCCCAACAGCAGCAUCUAAUGCUGCAGACUGCUGCUCUGCAGCAGCAGCACUUAAGCAGUACCCAAUUUCAGAGUCUGGCAACUGUUCCACAGGCAAGCCUGUCAGGUGGGAGGCAAUGUACUUCCCCCCCUGGGAGUGUCACUCAGCAGUCAAGCAUGUCGCAGACCUCGAUUAACCUCUCCACCUCUCCCACACCUGCACAGAUAAUAAGCCGUUCUCAGACCUCCAACACCACCAGCAGCAGCAUCACCCAGCAGACGAUGUUGCUGGGCAGCACCUCUCCCACCCUGAGUGCAAGCCAGGCUCAAAUGUACCUGCGAGCUCAGAUGCUUAUUUUUACUCCUGCGACCACUGUGGCUGCUGUCCAGUCUGACAUUCCUGUUGUCUCAUCAUCCUCCUCAUCUUCCUGUCAGUCUGCAGCUACUCAGGUUCAGAACUUGACGUUGCGCAGUCAGAAGCUGGGUGUGCUGUCAAGUUCCCAGAAUGGCCCACCAAAGAGCAGCAGUCAAACCCAGUCAUUGUCCCUGUGCCCGAAUAAACCUGUCACCAUUUCCAAGGGCAGCCAACCAGAUCCCUCAGAAAGCAAUAGGAAAGGCGAGAGCCCAACUCCGGAGUGCCGGAGCACGCCGGUCACACGGACAUCCAGCAUACAUCACUUAAUAACACCAGCUUCAUAUUCUCCAUUGCAACCUCAUUCUCUAGUAAAGCAUCAGCAGAUCCCACUUCAUUCACCACCUCCAAAGAUUUCCCAUCAUCAGCUGAUAUUGCAGCAGCAGCAGCAAGUCCAGCCGAUCGCACUCCAGACUCCUUCGGGCCAGGAGCCGCCUCCAUCCCAGCACUGUCUGCCCCUCCCGAGCCACGGGCUUCCUCCGGCUCCCAGCAGCGUCCCGUCCCACUGCUCGCCGAUCCACAUCCAUCCUCCGCCUCUAACGCUCUCUCCCAGCCCAUCCCAGUCAGCGCAGCAGUCGGUGGUGGUGUCCCCUCCGCCGUCGCACUCCCCGAGUCAGUCCCCCACCAUAAUUAUUCACCCCCAAGCCCUUAUCCAGUCCCAGGCGAACUCCCUGGUGCCGGCGGCGCUGCAGCCGGAGCCGGCGGCUCCCCCGCCCGCUCCCAGCACCCCGGUGCGCCCGGUGGCGCAGCCGCUCAACCUCCCGCCGCACCUCCCGCUGCCGCCCUCGCCCGCCGUGCACAUCGGGGCGGUGGAGCAGCCCGGCCUGGUGUCCCCGGGACAGCAACUCGUGCCCUCCACGCCACACCAGCAAUAUCCCGCCCUGCAGUCCGCUCCCAUCCCUCUGGCUGCUCCUCCCCAGCUCUCGGCAUCGUCCACCCAGAUUCAGCCGCUGCCCUUGCAGUCUGUGCAGUCUUUACAAGUGCAGCCUGAAAUUCUGUCCCAGGGGCAGGUUUUGGUUCAAAACACUUUGGUUUCUGAGGAAGAACUUCCUGCUGCAGAAGCUCUGGUCCAGCUGCCAUUUCAAACUCUUCCACCACCACAGACUGUCGCAGUAAAUCUGCAGGUCCAGCCAUCCGUUCCCAUUGAAACUCCAGUGAUUUACCAAGUGGAGAAUGUGUGUGAAGAAGAGAUGCCCGAGGACUCGGAUUGUGUGCACAUGGCAAGGACACCUACACCACCCACCUUGUCUCCACCAGCCAUAACCUUGGGGAAUGGAGAGGCCCUUAAUUCAGAUGAUCCUUUGUCAGAACACGGGGGACUGCCUUCGGUGACAUCAUCAGUCAGUGCCUCAGUAAUUAAAUCUCCAUCUGAUCCUUCACAUGCCUCUAUUCCACCACCACCUCUUUUGCUUCCAGCAGCAACGACAAGGAGCAACAGCACCUCAAUGCCCAACAGCAUUCCUAGCCUAGAAAAUAAACCUCCACAGGCUAUUGUUAAACCCCAGAUCCUGACCCAUGUCAUCGAAGGCUUUGUGAUUCAGGAGGGGUUGGAGCCAUUCCCUGUCAGUCGUUCAUCUUUGCUGGUGGAACAGCCUGCAGAAAAAAGGUUGCUGGUGGAGGGUCAGAUCAUGAGUGUUGUGUGUGUGGAGUCAGACUUGCAGAACACGAAACAUGCAGACAACUCAUCGGACACAGAGAUCGAGGAUAUGAUUGCAGAAGAGGGACUGGAUGAAAUUGAAAAUGAACUUCUGAAGUGUGAAUUUUGUGGAAAAAUGGGGUAUCCCAAUAAGUUUCUACGGUCAAAAAGAUUCUGCUCCACAUCCUGUGCCAAAAGGCACAGCCUUAGUUGCACUAAGAAAUUUGGGCUGUUUACAUCAGACAAGACCAGUCGUUGGAAUCGGAAGUCAGAUAGCCAAAGUCUUGGGCGACGCGGGCGUCGGCCGAGCGGCCCUGAGGGGGCGUCACGAGAGCAUUUUCUUAGACAGCUUCCAAUUACUUAUCCAUCUGCAGAAGAGGAGCUGGCUCCUCACGAAGACGCUGUUCCAACGGCCAUGACCACGCGGCUGCGGAGGCAGAGUGAGAGGGAGAGGGAACGGGAGCUGAGGGAGCUGAGGAUCCGGAAAAUGCCAGAGAGCAUCGACCUGUUGCCAGUGGUGCAAACUGACCCCUCAGUGUGGACUGUGGAUGAAGUUUGGGCCUUUAUCCAUUCUUUGCCUGGUUGUCAAGAUAUUGCAGAUGAAUUUAGAGCACAAGAAAUUGAUGGACAAGCUCUCCUUUUGUUGAAGGAGGAUCACCUAAUGAGUGCAAUGAAUAUUAAGCUUGGACCUGCAUUGAAAAUCUGUGCACGUAUCAAUUCCUUGAAGGAAUCCUAGGAGGUGAACAUGAAGGUUUAAACAACAGUUUCUCAGUGACAGAACUGACAGUAAUAUGCCAACAUCUUCACUGUGGCAUGAGUGUUACUGUGAUGUUUUGUUAAAUUGAUGGGGUUUUCCCCACAUAAAGACUUAAAAACGUUCCUUUGAUUAUACCAAGUAGUCCUCUGAUGUUUCCAACAACUAAUAGGUUCAUGGUAAAGCCUGAGUAAUAUUUUGAGUUGAAGUUUUUCAUGUAAAAACAUGGAGUGAAAUAUGCUGUGAUAGGUUAAAUAUUCCCCAUCAUGUACUUCAUCUUAUGAGUUUAAGGUUAACACCCCAGCCCCCACCCCAAUCUAAACACCUUUUAGAUUGUGUUGCUGUAAUCUGAAAGAUUUUUUUCCCCACAUACAGCAGUGUUUGGACUGAACUGACAGAAGUGUCCACAGGCCCUGUGGAAGGACUAGUACCAGUAAAAUGCUAUGCAUUUAGUUGUGCUCUCUGAGUUUCUUUUAGUCUUGAGCUAAUUGUUUGUAAGGGGUAGGUUGGCAGCUGGCUUACCCUCAUCUCUGCCACUAUAGUAUUUUCUUGAAGUCUGUAAAAUACUAUAAACCUUAUGGAUGUCUCAUCAAAAUCCUCAUGAUCAGGCUACUGACACUCCUGCCAGAGGUAACUGAAGCACAUGUUACUUUACUCUUUGAAUGCUGCUAUGCACUAAGGGGGCAUUAAGUGUUAGGUUUGUAGUUUCACAUGCUGCUAGUUAAGCUAGACCAGCAGUUCUCAAAUGGAGAUCAGAGUGGGCCCUGAGGAGGUGUGUGAGCCCUCAGGGUUCAGGUUCCCAAAUGCCCAGGUGUGAGGGGCUGAACGCUGCAGCCAGAAACAGUGUUGAGACAAGUUACUGGAGAGGCUGGAGAUAGAGAAGGGACAGCAUAGCUCAGAUGUUCUUUUAACUGAUACCUCUUCUGACAUGUCUUUCCCUGUAGUGCAUUCCCAUUGGCCCACUGGAAGCUCCCAAGCACCUUUGUUUGUCCCCUGGCCGGUGUGAGCUGGGCUUGAAGGACUCUGAGGAAGGAGCACAGGGCAUUGCUCCAUGAGGCCCCUUCAGAGCUCGCUGUAGGAGCAGCUGCUGCUGGCAUGAGGGAGCCCAGAGCUGUGGGUCAGCAGAAGGAAUACCAGCACUUGGCAGCUCUAGGAGAAAUCUCCAGGGGCCCUGCUUUGUCCCUCUGGCAGGAGAUUUUGUCUUGGAUGCUGCAGAUUUAGGCAGUGGGAUUUUAGUGUCUCCCACCAUUUUCCUUCUCACGUUUUCUGUGGAACAAACACGUGUUUCCCCAGUUUCUGAUGCUCUUGGGAGCUGCCUGAGCUCUGAGGCAGCAGCACCUUCUUGGCCUUUGCUUCAUCACCUGUGCACGGAUGUUCAUGGAUGUAUUUUGUACCUUCUGUGCCCUCCCUUUUGCAGCUCCACUCCCCUUGUGUACAGACCUGGAUCCCUAAACUCUUGUGUAGGGAAAGAAGGGUACGUGUGCUGGUAGUUGUUGUGUAUAUUUGAAUUAAAUAUGUGUACUUGUCUGCAAAUAA